CCACAUAAAAUACACUUUUUCAUUGGAACAAAAACUCACUCUCUUGUCAGACACGUAUAACUUUGUAAACUACUUUGUUGUUUCCCACUGAGCACUUCAAUCACGCGAAGGUGGUCGCUUGACUCGAUUGCAAGGGAGUCCACAACACAACACACCAAUUCCAUAGCUGGUUUAAUUUUUUGGUAGCUUUUGGAUUUUUCUUAUUCAGUGACAUCUGCCAGAAGUUUUCUGCUUCACCAUGCCACCGAAGCCCUUAGACUAUGUGUCAAUAAAUGAAAAUGUGAAGAAGGCUCAAUAUGCUGUUAGAGGUGAAUUAUACCUUCGAGCUUCUGAGCUUCAGAAGGAGGGCAAAAAGAUUAUAUUCACUAAUGUCGGCAACCCACAAGCUUUGGGACAGAAACCACUGACCUUCCCUCGCCAGGUUGUUGCUUUGUGCCAGGCUCCAUUCCUACUCGAUGAUCCUAAUGUUGGACUGCUAUUCCCUGCUGAUGCAAUUGCAAGAGCUAAACACUAUCUCUCAUUGACCUCGGGUGGUUUAGGUGCUUAUAGUGACUCCCGAGGCCUUCCAGGAGUGAGGAAGGAAGUGGCAGAGUACAUACUCAGGCGUGAUGGUUAUCCAAGUGAUCCAGAGCUCAUAUAUCUCACUGAUGGUGCCAGCAAGGCUGUGAUGCAGAUCUUAAAUACUAUCAUCAGAGGUCAAGGAGAUGGGAUUUUGGUUCCAGUGCCACAAUACCCACUCUACUCAGCAACAAUUGCUCUUCUUGGUGGUACUCUUGUGCCAUACUACCUUGAAGAGACGGCAAAUUGGGGUCUUGAUAUUAAAGAUCUUCGUCAAUCAAUUGCACAGGCUCGCUAUAAAGGAAUAACUGUUAAAGCAAUGGUGAUCAUAAAUCCUGGAAACCCUACUGGUCAGUGCCUUAGUGAAGCUAAUCUAAGAGAUAUUUUGCGAUUUUGUUAUGAAGAAAAUUUAGUCUUGCUUGGAGAUGAAGUUUACCAGCAGAAUAUAUAUCAGGAUGAACGACCCUUCCUUAGUUCUAAAAAGGUUUUGAUGGACUUGGGGCCACCCAUAAGCAAGGAACUCCAGCUUGUUUGUUUUCACUCAGUGUCAAAAGGGUUUUUUGGUGAAUGUGGACAGCGGGGCGGAUAUUUUGAAAUGACCAACAUUCCUCCAGAGACAGUUGAUGAGAUCUAUAAGGUUGCAUCAAUAUCACUUAGUCCAAAUGUUCCAGCACAAAUAUUUAUGGGACUUAUGGUCAAUCCACUCAAACCUGGAGAUAUUUCGUAUGACCAAUAUUUUAGGGAAAGCAAAGGAAUAAUUGAAUCACUGAGGAGAAGAGCAAGGAUAAUGACUGAUGGAUUCAACAGUUGCAGAAAUGUUGUUUGUAAUUUUACAGAAGGAGCCAUGUAUUCAUUCCCUCAAAUAAGAUUGCCACCAAGAGCUAUAGAGGCUGCUAAACAGGCUGGAAAGGUCCCAGAUGUUUUCUACUGUCUCAAGCUUUUGGAAGCCACUGGCAUAUCCACUGUUCCUGGUUCAGGAUUUGGACAGAAAGAAGGGGUCUUCCAUUUGAGGACAACAAUUUUACCACUUGAGGAAGACAUGCCUGCUAUCAUGGAUAGUUUCAAAAAGUUCAAUGAUGAGUUCAUGGAGCAAUACGAAGACCAUAGAGGUUAUUCAAGGUUGUAAGAUAAUCGUCAUAGAAGUUACAUUAUGCUCAUGCGCUUCUGUAAGCAGUUCAAUCCAUCCCUUCUAAAACACAACCUCCGUUAUACGAGGCUUCUACUUGUCCUCCAUUGGAGAUAAUUCUUAAACCUUAUAUUUUCUUAUAUAUCAUCUCUAAAACUGACAAUCUUUCAUGUA